AUGGUACCACUGGCAUACCCGACACCACCACCACCAGUGCCUACGACAUACCAGGCACCACUGCCAUCGGUGCCCACUGCAUUCGCGGCACCCACACCAGUAGCAGCAGUUGCUCCACCUCCGGUACCACCACCCACCGUACCUCCUGUUGCGCCCACCUAUGCUGACCCUGCAGUGCCACAAAUGACACCUGCCACAGUCUAUACAGUAGCACCGGGGAUGCCUCCCCCGGUCUAUGCAGCGGUACCACUUGUUAUACCAACUCCAGUGGUUCCACCAGUUUCUGCAGCCGUCCCUACUCACCUCACUGAUAUAGUCGCGGCACGAGCUCGGAUCCCAGAUUUGGUAGAGUCGAUGAAAAGUCGAUUCACCCUCUUCCGCGGAGAGACGGAUUCGAGUGUGGCCCAGCACCUGAGCCGAGAUUGUUCGCUGAAUGCUCAACAUAUGGCUUCCGGAGUAUCUGGUCAUGGGGGACAACCCAGUCAGACAGGAGCUUUUCGAGAAGGGCGAAGAGUCAAAUCUUCACAUAGGCAGCAGAGGACAGCUCCCUCGGCAGCAGUUGCAUAUGACAUGCAUGGACAGGAGCACUCUGGUGCCCUCAUUGUACCACAGAGUUUUGUUCCGGUACCACGGUAUCUGACUCAGGGGCAGGAUUAG